AUGGUUGCAGGGGGUGAAGGGGGAGAGAGUCCUCGGGGUGAAGCCCUGCAGCAUGGCCAGUCCGGGACACUGCCGCACUUCCUGGAAGAGCCCGUCGACGCUUACAUCGUCAAGAGCAACCCCAUCAAGCUGCGGUGUCAAGCUCGGCCGGCUCUCCAGAUCUUCUUCAAGUGCAACGGGGAAUGGGUCCACCAGAGCCAGCACAUGUCUCAGGAGCACACCGACCUGGGGACAGGGCUGAAGAUCCGCGAGGUGAUGAUCAACGUCUCCCGUCAGCAGGUGGAGGACUUUCACGGCCCUGAGGACUACUGGUGCCUGUGUGUCGCCUGGAGCCACCUGGGAACCUCCAAGAGCCGCAAGGCGACCGUGCGGAUCGCCUACCUGAGGAAGAACUUUGAGCAGGACCCCCAAGGCACCGAGGUUCCUCUGAACGGCAUGAUUGUGUUGCACUGCCGUCCCCCAGAGGGAGUGCCAGUGGCUGAGGUGGAAUGGCUGAAAAACGAAGAACCCCUCAGCUCCGACGGCGUCAUGGAUACAAGAGGAGACCACAAUCUCAUUGUCGCAGAGGCUCGCCUCUCCGACUCCGGGAACUACACCUGCGUUGCCAGCAACAUCGUGGCCAAGAGGCGCAGUGCAACCGCCACUGUAGUGGUCUACGUGAACGGAGGCUGGUCGUCGUGGACCGACUGGUCUCCCUGCAAUGUGCGCUGCGGCCGCGGCGUGCAGAAACGCUCCCGCACCUGCACCAAUCCGGCCCCUCUCAACGGGGGCGCCUUCUGCGAGGGCAUGUCGGUGCAGAAGAGCACCUGCAACACGCUGUGUCCAG